UUUAAAGCCUCUGCUCCGCUCUGUCUUCCCUCUGCUUUCUACAGAAAUCAUGAAUUCCGAAGCAGAAACAGACGAGGAUUCAGCAGAUGUUAAAAAUAACAAACUACCUGUGGUGUCUGAAGGGAGUUCACCUGACGACAGUUUGACUCUGAGGAGGAGGAGGAGGCCGCCUGGAGAGUGGCGGAUGCAUCGGAGCCCAGAAGAAACGACAGGGCCGUUUCAAAAAGUAUACCAUCGUGUCUCCAGUAAGAAGAAAGCUCCUCAAAGGAAGGAGCCUCAAAGGAAGGAGCCUCUCAAGGCAGUGAGGCAGGGCAGGAGACCCCCCGGGAGCUGGUGUGCGGUGCCGGACGUGUGUGAGGACGUGUGUGAGGACGUGGAGAGCGUCUCCCCUCAGCAGCAGAAGCCCAAACCUCGGAAUGAAAGGAAGAAACGCACCAGAUCUCCUCCACCUCCCAAAGAGAGUUCCUCCGUGCCGCUCCUAAACCCACAGUCUCCAGUGAAGAGAUCUCGGGCCGCCUCUGAAGACAUGUUGUCUUCAAACAAGACCCCGAGUGUGGGCAGAGGUCGGAUGAAGGAGCCGGAGCGUCCUGUGAAGAAAAUCCCUCCCGCUGACUGUUCUGUAUUCAGUACUCUUAAUGCCUUCAUACACCACUGCACCCCCAAGGAUCAGCGGCCACAGCGUUAUUCAGUGGAUCGGUCGAAGCUCUUGAGAAGUGGGCCGUCCUCCAUGAUUGUUCUGGACCAGUACGAGGAGGAGGACAGCUUGAUUUUGCCGAAUUCCACAGUGCAGGCGGCUCUCUCUCUGUCAGAUCUGUGCGCUCCUCCGCUCAAACCGCUGACCCUGCUGACCCAAGACAAAGUCAACCUGGCCGAGUGGUUCACGAACCUCUGGGCGCUGCCUGUCAAAGUAGAGAGUACUGAGAUCUUCCCGGAUCAGUUCGAGUGGUUCUGCUAUCAGGGCCGGGUGAUCGGCCUCACGAUGGACAUUAACAGCGGAUCAUUCUGCAACGGGAAGAUGCUGCUGGGCUCCUUCAUGAAGAAACCUCUGUGGGUGGACCACAGCGCCGCCACCGUCUUUAACUUAUUAACAAGCUCUGUGAGUGUGACCAUCAACGGCAGGAAAUCCCGCUUCAACCCUGGAAAAUCCUUCAUGGUGCCAUGCGGAAGUGCUUACAGCAUCCAGAACGUCUGUGCUCAGCCGGCGGUUCUCUACUUCACAAGAAUGAUCACAGAAAGCUCAGAAUGAAUAAAACAAAAACAAAACAGACACAAUAUGUACAUUUUAUUAAAAAAUGUAGUUACUUUCUGUAUUAACUCGUUAAACCCUGAGCCUGUUUUUCAGGUUUCAGGCUCG